UCGUCUGGAGUUUUCUGCAGCUACUGUCUUUUCAACAAGGACAUUUCUGAGACGCAAUCAUGUCCAUGGAAAAGAAGGUCGUGUUGAUCACAGGCUGCUCCUCUGGGAUUGGGCUCAGCUUGGCUGUUCGUUUGGCCUCUGACACCAGCAAAACAUUCAAAGUGUAUGCUACAAUGAGGAACCUGGCCAAGAAAGAGCGUCUUUUAGAAAGUGUGAAAGGCCUUCACCAGGACACUUUGGAAAUACUUCAAAUGGACGUGACUGAUAGGCAAUCCAUUCUGAACGCACGAGACAAAGUUGUGGAGAAACGGGUGGACAUUCUGGUGUGUAACGCCGGUGUGGGUAUGAUGGGACCCCUGGAGGUUCAGUCUUUAGACUCAAUGAGGCAUAUUCUGGAGGUCAACCUUUUCGGAACCAUACAGACCAUUCAGGUCUUCUUGUCAGAAAUGAAAGCUCAGGGUCACGGCCGGAUUCUGGUCACCGGCAGCACCGGAGGGCUUCAUGGUCUUCCUUUUAAUGAGGUGUACUGUGCCAGUAAGUUUGCAAUCGAAGGAGCAUGUGAGAGUCUGGCUGUCCUCCUGCAGCACUUUAACAUCCAAGUCAGUCUUAUUGAGUGUGGUCCCGUCAACAGUGACUUCCUGAUUAACCUGCAGAAGGCAGAGCUUGGGGAUGCAUCUCUUCAACAAGUUGAUGACCAAACGCUCAGUCUGUAUGAAAAAUAUCUGCAACACUGCAGCAUGGUUUUCCAAAAUGCUGCACAGGACACCGAAGAUAUUGUAAAGGUAUUUCUAGAUGCCAUCCAUUCAGCCAAUCCUGCAUUCAGAUACUUCACCAACAGUGUCAUGCCACCUCUUACCAAACUGAAGGUCACAGAAUCAGAUGGAGUGAAAUACAUCAAAGCUAUGAGCAAGAUCAUUUUUGCAGAUGAGGACCAAUAAUUGCUGAAAUGUUGCUUCUUCGCACAAGCUACCACUUUAUCAGCCGACUUUGGCCUAAGUGAAAAGAAUAAUAUUUGGUUCUUCUAAUUUUAGCUCCUGGGACAAAGUUGAUGAAGUGAGUUUUGUAAGGAGAGGUGACUCGACAUUUUUUUUUUUUUUGGUCUAUCAUUUCUUGCCUGUGGAGUAAUAUUUGAUAAAGAUUAUGUAUCAUGUUUAAAAGCUUUCCACAGCCUUUGCAAUAAUUGUAUUCAACAGAUAUCUUAUCUCACAUUCCAUAUUUUUUUCUGAGAUAGCUAUGCUUCUGUCCUGAUUCUUGCAUUGGAUUGCUGAAGUUGAAAAAUUUAAAAAAUGUACUUUUGCUAUUUUUAACACAUGAAAAUAACUUUCUCAUUAUUAAGCAUGAAGCAAAAAUACAAUGACUGAGCUAUGGUCUAUGUAAAGAAAUACAGCUAGCCCUGUAAAAAUUUGAAGUGUACCCUUGUCUAAAUAAAAGUGUUUCAGAACAAAUCUUUCAAAGAGACCCCUAUAAGAUGCUGUUUUUAAAGGAUGUCUUGUUGUGCUCAUUAAAGAGAAUAAAGUUAUCCAAACCAACCUGA